AUGUUGUCCGUUCGCUCCAGUGUCGACAGCAUCUACAGCCGGCUUAGCGGCGAGAAGCCUCUUCCGAAGCCGGCCUACCACUGCAACAUGAACCCACAAGAGCAAUCACUCUGGGCCAUCAUCGGCGAAGAAAAAUAUGAAUACACCCGCGACAAGAAGGGCAGGGAGGGCCUGUUGGUCAUCGCCGCAAAUGGCGACCUUGUCCUUGAGGUCGCACAGGAAGAGGGCGGACAGCAAUUCUCAUAUCGCGUAGACUCCAAAACACUGCAGCACAACUCGCGGUACUUUGAGAACCUGCUCAGUGAUCGCUUCCACGAAGGGCAACAGCUGGCGAAAGCUUUAGAAGCACUCCAGUUGAGCGAGGGUGCCAAAAUCGCUGAUGUUCCUGUCGAUGCGCUUCCUCACAUAUCCAUCGUCAAUGUCGGGCGUGUAGCCGUCGCCAAGGUCUCUUCCAUCCGGAAUCUCAUAGCAGACUUCCUUCGCGCAGUCCACGGUCUCGACCUUGCCGUAGCCAAUCCUCCCGUGGCCAAUCUCGCCAAUCUCGCCGUUGUUGCCGACCGAUUCGAUGCUGUCGCGUGCCUGUCAAAGCAUAUACAGAGAAAGAAGUACCUGCAGUUGAUCGAUGCAAAGUCGAGAGGCAAGCCGGCCACAACGCAGACGGAAGAGAGAAUACGACAAAAGCUCUUUGUUGGUCUUCUUUUCGAUCAUCCAUCAUGGGUGACGCGAUAUUCAAAGCAUUUGAUCAUGCGGGACUCAGUCCAGUGGCGACCGGGAAUAGAAGAGGACCAUACAAAAGCCUUAUGGUGGGACAUACCAGACGUCGAGGACGAGUUGAUACAACGGCGAGAGUACAUACUUGAGACCAUCAACUCUCUACAGGCUCAUUUCCUUAAGCUGUACACGUCGGAAGAACGUCAAUGCAAGCUCUGGUAUGAUACAUCGCUGCAAUGCGAUUCUUUUCAACUAGGAGAAAUGAUUCGCUUCUUUUCCAAGAUUGACACUAUACGGUUGCAAGGCAAAAUCUAUGACAACACGGAGCCGACGUACUAUCUUGGAGACAUCGAUCGACUUCUAUCAUCGCUCCGCCAGUGCUCCAACUACCAGGUCGAUAGCAACCAUGGGCACUGUGGACUGCGGUCACGAAUACUGCCGCUCCUUGACCUCAUACAGAAUCAGCUCAGUCUGGACACAGGCAGUUUGGAUAUCGGCAUUUGUGCAGAGUGCUGGACGAACCAUCGCAAGGAGUAUGCCUGGCAAUUAGCCAAGCGACCAGUGGUGUGGGCGCAUCCAAAGUCUUUGACCGGCAAUCGGACUCUUGCUAACGCAGCCCCGCGUAAAAGUCACCAAAGGACGCCCAGUAGCUGCCUGAGUAGGCAUGUGGCGGUCAGGGACCUCUUCAUGGCUGUGGAGCGCGACUGGACUUCAAGGGACGUGUAUCAAGGAGACAACACACCAUCAAGGCCGCUUUUGAGACCUUCUUGA